AUGACAAGCGACACUCCUUCUUCAGAGUUGAACACAGUCAUCAAUACCAACCUACUCAAGGUCCAUUCAACUCCUCUUCAUGUAACAUUGUAUUCCUUCUUCUCGACCUUGAUCUGUCAGAUCUUCUCCAGAAUUCAUCUUCGGCAGGCAUAUUCUGACAGGAAGAAGACUCUCCUUGUCAUUCAUCUUCUCACAUUCAUGUAUAUUCUCUAUUGUUGCAUGAAUGUUUAUUUGGUCUCUAUUUACAACUUUAACAACCAACGAUGGAUCACAAAGAAAGGAUUUCCGCACAAAAUGAUUGGGAAGGGAAGUUAUGCCUCUGUCCAACAAUUCAAUCAGCCACAACUCGAAAUGGGUCAACCGUUGAUGAAUUCUGUUCAUGAACCUUUUCAAACAUUUGUAUUGAAUUUUCAAGUCGAUUUGGAGCACUUGAAACUCAGAAAGGACAACUCUCAAUUGUUGCCACCAUGCAACAUCAUGAAGCGCAUGUAUUUGAAAUUUAUCAACAAUGGUCCUUGUUUCUUUAAUCACAACAUGAUCAUUGAGAAGGAUGAUCCUCAAUACUCGUUCACCAUUUCAAACGGUGGAAAGGAACUGCGUGUCGAAAAUGUCAACAUUCGUUUACCCUUCCAAUCUGGAAAUUAUGAAUGUACCACUUUUAAAACCUUUCCCAAUUCACUCAGUUUUACACUAAUUCUCGAAGACGCUGAAAAGAAUCAAAUCGAAUACCACUAUACCCUGUCCGUUGCAGCCAAUGAAUUUAUGGGAACAUUUACAUCGGAUCUUUCAAAAUUGGGUUGGGAUCCUGUUCGAAUCGAUAUGAUUGGUAACCCUGGAUGGGGCAAAAGUACAAGUGUCAAUGAAAUGGGAGACUUUACAUGCAUUUCGCCUCGAGAUCGAAUUAAACUUGUGCCAGAUGUCGCAAAUUCCAAAUUGAACGACCAUUCCACUCGCAGUGUGAUGCGUUAUCGGUUGUGGGAAGAUGGUCUAUUUGCAAAUAUUCCUCUUCCAAUUCAAGUUCAAGAUCCUCCUGGACAUGAUGUUGGAGUGAUGGAGAAGGUUCCACAAUAUUUGGAAUAUUUGGUAAAAGGAAAGAUUACUCCAGGAGAGGAUAUUGUAACUGAGUGUACACAGAAACCUUUUACUUGCUUGAACAAGUAUGAACAUCAUUCAGAACAUCUGCCAGAUGUCAUCUUGUAUACCAUUCCUUUCGCAAUAAUUGAAAAGCACAAAGACAAAAUUGUUUACAACCUCGAUUACUUCCACAAACUCAAAAUUCCAGUCAUUCUUGUUGUAACUUGUGGUGAGGAAAAGAAUCAUCAAGUUGUGAGAACAGAAAUUGACAAAUUAAGAGGACAUAGUUUCCAUUCCUUUGUCAUUGCUGGUGAGCAUUAUGAUCCAGGUGAACCCAUUCAUCCAGAAUAUAUUCGAAGAAUGGCACAACUUUUAUUAGAUGUCUUUCAUGUGGUCAAGAGUCGAAGAGGAGUCAUGUAUCAAUCGAAGGUAAUGUUGAGAAGAAUAUUGAGUGAAGGAUGGAUUCAAUAUGGAAUUCAAUGGAUCCUAUUGUUGAUAGCCAACAUUGGAAUUGUGUUGUUCCUCUCAGCAAAGAGUAGAAAGAAUGAACAAGAGGAAAAGAAGAAAGAGGAAUAA